AUCGUCCACUGGGCAAAAUUGGAGGCAUUCAGCCAAGGUAGGCAGAUAUGCCGGCAAAAGAGAGAUAUUUUAUUCCAUUUCGUCAUUUAUCGCCCUCGCUCCCCGAAUAUACCGCCGAAUGUGCCGCACACAAGAACAAUGGAAAACGCUGCACGUCGAUGGUGCAAUCGCAUAAUAUCCCUGAGAUCAACAGAUUGCACGCAAGGCUUCAGAUCAGCUACGAGACUACGAAUAAUGAUGAAAGGAGAGAAGAGAUGUUAAGGAAGUUGGCCAAGCUUACUAUCUGCGGGCAUCAAACCAGAGUAGAUGGAGUCAUAGAAGCAGCUGUGCACCAGUGGAACUUCGAGCUUCAGCCGCAAGACGGUGCGGCUGUUAGUCUAGAAACACCGCCGAGAAAUGUCAAUGCACAGUCAAAUGAUGACAAAGGAAGUUCCAAGUUGAAGUUCACGCCUUAUCAAAAGACCAACAUCGACAAACCCGUCGCGGAUGCGCUCUCCCACGAACUUGAUCGGAUGGUGGACCGCAAUAUAGGUCAAAAAAUCAUUACGCACGAUUGGAAACAUGAGAGAGAUUAUUUAUACAUCUUUGAGUGUGAAGAGGCGGAAGGCAUGUGCAAGCUCGGGCGCACUUACGAUCUCUCGCGAAGGGCUUCUGAACAUGAGAAGUGCUAUCCUAAUCUUACGCAACGAUGGUCCCUCUAUUGUCCAAACGCGGAGGUAUUCGAAAGGGUGGUGCAGCUGGAAUUCAGUCGGCAUCGAUACAAGCAUGAAUGUCUCAAGUGCAACGUGACUCACACAGAAUGGUUUAAAACUGAUAUCGAUGAUAUCUACCAACGUGUUAAAGUUUGGUGCCAGUUUUCAAAGGGCCUCCAGAGCCACGAGAAGCGAUCCCAAGUGUCUGUUCCAGUUCCAGGGUUCUCUUCAGAUCCAGACAGAUGGUACAAAUGGGCUCAAAAAUGGGUUCAAUUAUGGGAUGAAAAAGUGUCCCAUACGGAGCCAAAUACUUCGGGCAAGUCUGUUGUCGACAAUGUUAUCGUGACUGGAGAGGACCUCAACCUCGACGACGAUGCGGAAUCGGUGCCUGGACUUUCUCCUUCAAGCUCUGCGCCUGGAGCGCCCGAUGAUGACUACAGCGAUCCUCCCACCCCGACCCCAAUUGAACGCUCGCGAAACGGAAAGCCAAUCUUGGGACAGCGUUUGAUCAUACCGGCUGCAUCGCCGUCCGUGUCGCCCGAGGUCUACUGGACCCCCGCCGAGAGUAUGUCAACACCCAAAGGCCGCGUCCUCUUUCCUCGGCUCCCCGGCGCAUAUCCUGUCUCUCCGGUGAAGGUCGAGGAUGAGAAUGGAUUGGCGGAUAUUCUUGAGAACGUUAAGCUUUUUUGAUUGCUUGUUUUAAGCCUCGUGACACCGUCUCUUUAUCUUAUGCUAUUUGACAUCGUUUGUAGCUUUGCUGCCUACUUGGAUUUAUGCAUUGCUGGUUUUCGUUGUAUAUUUAAGCCUUGUGGUGUAUGAAUUAAAUUCUUUGCUGCUCAGGUGCCGCCUUUACCUAACAGAGCAC